GCGUUGUUUAUUUUGACCAUUUUGACGCAAUUUUGACGUACAAAAUUAAUUUUGAUGAAUUACUGCCAUAAUUACUGCAUGGGGUUGUUUUUAUUUUUCUUUGGGUUUUGUGUCAUAGAGAGGCCUGCUGGUUGUGGGAUUUACCAAUCAAUGCAUUAUGUCUAUCGUAAGAAACGCGAAGAUUAUUAAUCAUGAUUUCUUGCAGCAUUGUUUGACAUUGUUCCCUGGAUCAAUGUCUCUUGCAUUCGCCUAUGGAUCAGGCGUCUUCUCACAGAAAAAUAACGCCAAGUCAGGCCAGAUGGUGGACUUUAUAUUCGCCGUGGACGACCCACAAGGCUGGCAUGAGGCCAACAUUGCCAAGAACCCGCGCCACUACUCGUUCCUGAAGUACCUGGGCAGCGGCACCGUCUCCUCCUGGCAGAAGGACUACGGCGCCAAAGUGUACUUCAAUACCCUGGUGCCAGUCGAGAAUGGGACCAUCAAGUACGGCGUAAUCUCGACAGCGGCUCUGCUGUCGGACCUGCUCGACUGGGACACACUGUACGUGGCCGGGCGGCUGCAUAAGCCGUGCCGCAUCCUCCGGCCGCCCGCCUCCGACGACCUGUCUACGGCGUUACGGCUGAACCUGCAGUCAGCUCUACACACGGCGCUGCUACUGCUGCCCAGCCACUUCAGCGAGCGGGAGCUCUACACCAAGAUCGCCUCACUCUCCUACAUAGGCGACUUCCGAAUGUGGGUGGGCGAGGACAAGAACAAGGUCUCCAACAUCGUGGACGGCCAGCUGCAGGAGUUCUCGGAGCUGUACGCGCCGGCGCGCGAGUCGCUCUCCGAGUUUAUGGAGGUGACGAACGGCUCGGGACGGCAGGACGUGUCCCCAGCGGCGCGCUUCUACCACCUCUCGAUGCUGCCGCGCGAACUGCAGACAUGUGUUACGCGCCGCUGGAACCGCGACGGCCGCCACCGGGACGUGGAGGACGUGCUGCGGGCAGCCGCCUGCGACAUCUACUCCAACGGCGUCAUCGUAGGAGGUCUGGGCGACAUCACUCGCAUGAGGAACAUCUCUCAGAGCAUCAAGGGCAUCUUCACCGCCGGGCUGAUCAAGUCGGUCCGCUACAGCGCCCGAAAACUGACCAAGAUGUUCCGCAGCAUGCGGCGGUGACGUCACUGGAGCUCGGCCGCAGUGGACCGUGACGUCACUGGUGGACCGGUGACGAACGCUAGUCACGCGUGAUCAGUGUAGUCCGUGUAUUGUGCAGCCUGUGCCGAUGUACCCGGCGCUAUUUUAGGCGCUUGGGUAAAGCCCGGUGCAGCUGGUGUUGUUGCUCAGGCAUUUGGACGAGUGACAUGUUCAUGGUGUGUUACGUGUUGGUAUGAUACCUGACAGGCGAAUGAGAUGCAGAACUUUUCUUUCGAUGCGGGAUGCCUCCAUAAUAAUAUUCCCGUUAGAUGUAGAGUCUGACUCGGUCGGAAGCUACGAACUGUACUCGAUCUUUGUGCCAAUGGCGUCAUUCGGCAGCCGGGGAGAGCAUGACGUGCCCAAUGAUUUGAGCAGUGCAAUAUAGCUGUGCUCUAAACGA